AUGUCUAUUGGAGUGCAAAAUAGUCCACAGACCACGAUCUAUGAAAGUCAAACCCUCCAACAUGAAAACCAGCCUUCAUCGUCGGCUGAGUCGUCUUACCACAUUCCCGACGAGAAAUGGAAUCACCCCCGAUCCAACAUAGCAAAGACACUGGCAACAUUCUGGAGCUUCCUAAUAAUGGGAGCAAACGACUCCGCAUAUGGCCCGCUCCUCCCAUAUCUCGAAACCUACUACAACCUCUCCUACACAAUCGUUUCCCUCGUAUUCCUCUCUCCACUACUCGGCUAUGUCACUGCUGCAAUAAUAAACGAGCGAGCACACUGUGCCAUAGGCCGCCGAGGCGUAGCCUUCGUCUCAUCCUUGUGCCACCUGAUAGCCUACAUCUUGAACUGUGUGCAUCCGCCAUACCCCGUUCUCGUUGUAUCAUUCAUAUUCGCAGGUCUGGGAAAUGGCCUCGCGGACUCGGCAUGGAAUGCCUGGAUUGGAAACCUCGAUAAUGCGAAUCAAUUACUCGGAUUGCUUCAUGGGGCUUAUGGUAUAGGUGCUGUUAUCAGCCCUCUAAUUGCAUCGCUGCUUGUUGCGGAUGCUGGUUUGCCGUGGUAUUAUUUUUAUUACAUUAUGAUUGGAGGCGCCGCAAUCGAAGUUCUUGUCUGCGUUUCAUGUUUCUGGGAUUCUACAGGAGAAUCGUUCCAACUCGCUAAGAAUCAACAGCCUGGCGAUACAUCCGAACAAGCAGGCUUGUGGAGUGUCCUAUCCACAAUGCCAUCUGCGCGAAUUACUUGGACCUGCGCAAUCUUCCUACUUGGAUACGUUGGUGUCGAAGUUGCGCUAGGAGGGUGGGUGGUAACAUUCAUGAAAGAAGUACGGCACGCUGCGCCGUUUUCCAGCAGCAUGACGUCUACAGGAUUCUGGCUCGGAAUAACCCUUGGACGGAUUGUCCUUGGAUUUGUGACUCCUUUGAUUGGCGAGAAGAUUGCCAUCUCGAUCUAUAUCUCGCUCGAGAUAGCAUUUUGUCUCAUCUUGUAUCUGGUUCCAAACUUCUACGCUGGUGCAGUGGCGGUAUCACUGCAGGGUUUCUUUCUGGGUCCGUUGUUUCCCGCGGUUGUGGUUGUCACCACGAAACUAUUGCCAAAGCACUUACAUGUCAGCGCAAUUGGGUUUGCGGCAGCUUUUGGUGGUGGCGGUGCAGCUGUUCUUCCGUUCAUUGUCGGUGUACUUGCGCAAGCUAAGGGUGUUGAGGUUUUGAUGCCGUUUAUCAUAGCGCUUUCGGCGGCGAUGUUGCUUCUUUGGAAUCUUCUCCCGGGAAUUCCUAGAGAUAACGCAUCGGCUAAUAAUAACCGCGGGGCUUGCUAG